AUGAGCACGGAAAAGGGUGAAUCAUCCAAAACUGUUGAUCAAUCAGACAUGCCAGAGGAUAAGCCACAAAUUGGAGCACUGUCCAUCAAGCUACCCCCCCCCCCCCCUUCUGGCCAGCAGAUCCCCUCAUUUUGGUUUGCGCAAGCGGAAGCACAAUUCCAUACCCGGGGAAUCAAGCGUGAAGACACCAAAUUUGCCCACAUUUUGGCUGCGGUGCAACCUGAGAUUAUUCAAGAAGUCCGUGAUUUGGUGAUCACUCCUCCUAAGAAAAACCCGUAUCAGAAGCUCAAGGAAGAAAUGAUUAAACGUACGUCAGCUUCUGAGCAAAAACGGCUGCAGAUGCUACUCACCGAAGAAGAGUUAGGUGACAAGAAACCCUCGCAGUUAUUGCGUCGCAUGCGUCAACUACUCGGUGAACGCAAACUAGAGGAGGGAAUUUUCAAGCAACUCUUCCUACAACGGCUCCCAUCCAACGCACAGCUUGUCCUUGCUUCAUCCAGGGACUCCGUUUCGCUAGAGCAGCUUGCUGCACUCGCUGAUCGCAUCCUUGAGGUCUACGUCCCUCCGGUCAACGUUGUGACUACACCGGCUCCCUCCUCGUCUGGGGAACUUGCUGAGCUGCGAGACCAGAUCUCCAAACUCACCAUGCAAGUGAGCUCCAUGCAGGCGCAACUGAAACGCCAGUCCCGUUCACGUAGCCAGAGUCGUACUCGCCCACGCAGUGCCAACCGUGACCAAGAAUCAACGCCCUCUGACACCGCGAACACACAAUCAUUGUGUUGGUACCAUCGCCGUUUCGGUGCUGAGGCCCAUAAAUGCGUCCAGCCUUGCUCCUACACCACUCAGCAGGGAAACGAACCCACCAGGGGAUAG